AUGUUGACUCUCGGACUUGGACAAUUAUUAUACGUCUUACUUUGCUUCAUUAAUGCAAUUGCAGUUCUCAGCGAAGACAGAUUUUUAGCAAGAAUCGGUUGGACAGCACAACCAGAUGCAGGCUUUGGUCAGGAACAAGGACAAACAAUUAAACACAAGAUUGUCAAUUUGAUAUCGGCAGUUAGAACACUUAUGAGAAUACCUUUGAUAGCCAUCAAUAUCGUUGUCAUCAUAUACGAACUUUUACUUGGAUAG